CUGCAUUUCUUUGCCCUCACCAACUCCAACUCCAACUCCGUCUCUGUCUUCACAGUUGCCGUUUCUUACUCUCCGACUUCGGUUACCAGCCGGAGCUUCUUUUAUUAGCGCACACACAAAUCUCCAAUCGUGAAUCAUGGCUUUCGAGAAGAUCAAGGUCGCUAAUCCCAUCGUUGAGAUGGACGGAGAUGAAAUGACUCGUGUCUUUUGGGAAUCAAUCAAGAAUAAGCUCAUCUUUCCUUUCUUAGAUCUGGACAUAAAGUAUUAUGACCUUGGCCUUCUUAACCGUGACGCCACUGAUGAUAAAGUUACCGUAGAAAGUGCUGAAGCGACUCUAAAGUACAAUGUUGCAAUUAAGUGCGCCACCAUUACUCCAGAUGAGGCUCGUAUGAAGGAGUUUACUUUGAAGAGCAUGUGGAAGAGUCCAAAUGGGACCAUCAGGAAUAUUUUGAACGGCACAGUUUUUAGGGAGCCAAUUCUCUGCAAAAACAUCCCCAGGCUGAUACCAGGAUGGACAAAGGCGAUAUGCAUUGGUAGGCAUGCUUUUGGUGACCAGUACAAAGCUACCGAUGCAGUGAUCAAAGGACCUGGAAAACUGAAGAUGGUAUUUGUUCCCGAAGGAGAAGGUGAAAACACCGAGUUGGAGGUUUACAACUUCACUGGUGCUGGUGGGGUAGCUUUGUCAAUGUACAACACCGAUGAGUCCAUUACCGCUUUUGCUGAGGCCUCAAUGAACACAGCCUACUUGAAAAAAUGGCCGCUUUAUCUAAGCACAAAGAAUACCAUUCUUAAGAAGUAUGAUGGAAGGUUCAAGGAUAUCUUCCAAGAAGUUUAUGAACGUAACUGGAAAUCAAAGUUUGAGGCUGCUGGCAUAUGGUAUGAACACCGUCUCAUUGAUGACAUGGUUGCUUAUGCUCUUAAGAGUGAUGGAGGUUACGUAUGGGCAUGCAAAAACUAUGACGGGGACGUCCAAAGUGAUAUGUUAGCUCAAGGGUUUGGAUCUCUUGGAUUAAUGACAUCAGUCCUGGUGUGUCCUGAUGGGAAGACCAUAGAAUCUGAAGCAGCCCAUGGGACGGUGACACGUCAUUACAGGGUGCAUCAAAAGGGUGGGGAAACCAGCACAAACAGCAUAGCCUCUAUUUUUGCUUGGACCCGAGGCCUUGCCCACAGGGCAAAGUUGGACGACAAUGCGAAGCUUCUGGAUUUCACUGAAAAAUUAGAAGCAGCGUGUAUCGGCUGUGUUGAAUCUGGCAAAAUGACUAAGGAUCUUGCACUUAUCAUCCAUGGAUCUAAGCUGAGUAGGGAGCAUUAUUUGAACACUGAAGAGUUCAUUGAUGCCGUCGCUGAUGAGCUCAAAGCUAGACUCUCGAGCAAAUAAUCAUUAUGAUUGCUUCAUGGUGAGUCGGUUUCAAAGAUUCUGAAGUCGAUAUGCUAUGAUAUUUGGGGGUCUCUCUUUGCCAAACAAGUUUCAAGAUUUACUGGUUAUCAUGACAUAUAUUGUCAUGUUAUCUGCUUUUCAAUCUCGUAUGUUGUUUUCCGACUGUUGUCGAUUUCUGUAUCUCUUUCUAUUAAAUAUUAUUAUUAUUGCAAAGGAAAUGCUGUUUGUGAAGAGGAAUUUGGAAAACUGGAGUGGGUCGAAUCGGGCCGUCAUGGACCGAGCCUUUUGAAGUAAUAACAGACCAUGAUCAGUCCUUUCAUUUUU